GGAAAGGGCGGGGCAGAGAGCCACUUCCGGUUAGGUGGUCCUUGCGCGCGUGAGCUGAGCCGGUGGGUGAGUUGUGGCAGCAGCGACUUGGGCUGUAGGUGCUACCGGAAAAGAUCUGAUUAUCAUGGACCUGCAGCAGUUUCUCAUGUGCCUGUUCCUGUGCACAGCCUUUGCCUUGAGCAAGCCCACGGAAAAGAAGGACCGUGUGCACCAUGAGCCUCAGCUCAGCGACAAGGUCCACGACGAUGCUCAGAGCUUCGAUUAUGACCAUGAUGCCUUCUUGGGUGCUGAAGAAGCAAAGACCUUUGAUCAGCUGACACCAGAAGAGAGCAAGGAAAGACUUGGAAAGAUUGUAAGUAAAAUAGAUGGCGACAAGGACGGGUUUGUCACUGUGGAUGAGCUCAAAGACUGGAUUAAAUUUGCACAAAAGCGCUGGAUUUACGAGGAUGUAGAGCGACAGUGGAAGGGGCAUGACCUCAAUGAGGACGGCCUCGUUUCCUAGGAGUAUAAAAAUGCCACCUACGGCUACGUUUUAGAUGAUCCAGACCCUGAUGAUGGAUUUAACUAUAAACAGAUGAUGGUUAGAGAUGAGCGGAGGUUUAAAAUGGCGGAUAAGGACGGAGACCUCAUUGCCACGAAGGAGGAGUUCACAGCUUUCCUGCACCCGGAGGAGUAUGACUACAUGAAAGAUAUAGUGGUGCAGGAAACAAUGGAGGAUAUAGACAAGAAUGCUGAUGGUUUCAUUGAUCUAGAAGAGUAUAUUGGUGACAUGUACAGCCAUGAUGGAAAUGCUGAUGAACCAGAAUGGGUAAAGACAGAGAGAGAACAAUUUGUUGAGUUUCGAGAUAAGAACCGUGAUGGGAAGAUGGACAAGGAAGAGACCAAAGAUUGGAUCCUCCCCUCAGACUAUGAUCAUGCAGAGGCAGAAGCCAGGCACCUAGUCUAUGAGUCGGACCAAAACAAGGAUGGCAAGCUUACCAAGGAGGAGAUUGUUGACAAGUAUGAUUUAUUUGUGGGCAGCCAGGCCACAGAUUUUGGUGAGGCCUUAGUACGACACGACGAGUUCUGAGCUACAGACAGAGGAACCCACGUUUCUCCAAAAAUAAUUUAUUUUUACAGCUUCUGGUUUCACGUGAGAUUGUUUGCGCUACUGAGACUGGUAUUACAUACGAACUUUGUAAGACGCGAAGAAACAACGAAAACCAUCCCGCCCCCAUUCCUUCUCCUCCGAGGGGCUGGAGGGAAGCCGCGCUUCUGAGGAACAACUAACUAGUACACUUGUGUUUGUAGAGUUACACUUUGUAUUAUGUAUAACAUGGUGUGUCUAUUUUUAUAUCUGUUCUCUGGUGGGGGCAUGAUAGGAAGGAUCGAGAUCCUCGACUCAUGCUUUCAGGCAAAAAUUAGCCCUUCCCUCUUCUCAGCUCUUACCGUGAAAUUUUUAUAAUCCUGACUUAACUCAUUUUUUAAGCCUGAGAUCAGUAAGAAAUGUUUGGAAGAGAGAAAAAAGAAAAAUAUAUACCCCACAAUUUAUAUUUAGAGAUAAUCUUGCUUCUUGAAAAGUGUGUCUCAUCAGCAGUAGGGGCCACGUACCCUUCCCGUCGCCACAGGUCCCGCCGCCGGUCCCGGCACUGGUGGGCGAGGACAGCAGCUCCCUGUGCCGCGAGAGCGCUGGGCUCCGCUUGGCUCCAUUCACCUUUCUCCCUUCCCUGUAGGACUGGCUGUUCGCUGGUUUUGUGGAGCACAGCUGUGGUAGGAAGAGUGCGGGCCAGUGUCCUGAAAUCAGGUAGUGAGUGUGAUCAUUUUACAGAGCUACACAUAGAAACAGCUGGAAAACUAAAGGGAAAAUACGAGUGUUUUCAGGGCACACCCUUUUUUGUGGGGUGCAUCUGUUGAGGUGCUUGAUGCUGUCUGGUCUGUUGAAUCACUGUAAGGGCCCCAUUGGGCGCCUGUCCCCCCGGGUGUUCCAAGUAGUAGUUUUGCUUCCAUUGAGGCUGACGUGUGCUCCUUUCCAAUCAAGUCAUUGAAAGUGCCUUUAAUGACAGAAAUGAUCGCCGAAUGAGGAUUCUCUUAAGAAAUUCUAAGAUACAAUAAAGAGACAAUUAUUUGGAUCACCUUACAUGAAAGCUCAGAACCUCCCAGUGUAGUGGGGAUUUUCUUCCCUUCUCUUUCAGACAGCAGUUAAAUAGCAGUAUUAGCUAGGAGCUCAGUUGCAGUGUUUUUAUGUUGUGGGCUGGUUUCCAAAAACCACGUGCUGCUGAAUUUACCAGGGAUCCUCAUACCUCAGAACGCUAACCACUUACUACCAGGCCUGUUCUGUGUCGGCUGGAGCGCAGACUCACGGACGAGGGGGCCUCCCGAGAGGGCUCUUUGGUGUGAGGACCACUGCUCACCCUUCCUGCCUUUGCCCCGUCACUCCCUGUUCCCCCGUCACUCCCCUCCCCUCUGCCAAAACAGUUUAUCUUGGGUCAGCAGAUCGCCAGUCCUUAUCAGAGAAAGGGGCAUUAGAGAAAGAGCUGAAGAAACUCCUCUGUUCCCAACUCACUUCACCCCUGUUUUACGUAACAUGCACUCUGUCUUUUGGUCCCUUUCUUGACAGAUGGACCUCUUUUGAGAGAAUUUGUUGUAUUCCAAGUUUUUAGCCCUCAGGUUACUAAGAUAAAUAUAUGUAUAUCUAACCAUUAUUAUUUCAUAUAUCUUUCUGGGUAAUAUUCGGGUGGUGCUGGGUGAUUGUUAUAACCAGAACUGACGUGUAUCCUUUGGUCUUCCGUGAACAUGCCGAGGUGGGCUGCCUGGCCUGGUGAAAGGCCAGAUGUCACGUAACUGCACCCCAGCCUCUGCAUUGAGCUCUUGAGAGUGGGUACACUCUUUUAAGUUUAACCCCAGUAUAGGGGCAACGGAAAUUCUCUGCCCUCCAGGUCCCCAUUUUUAUUGUCAAGACCAGAGAUAACUAAUAAUGCCACCAACCCUGGCUUAGUUAGAGAGAGCUUCACAACUCACUAGGGACAGAGAACCCGGGCCUUAUGGUAAAGUCAUACUUAGAAAACGAGCCUUCAUCUGCUAAGACAGCAACUUCUGAUGCUGGGUGCUCAGCAGCCAACACUGUACUCUGAUCUCUAAUGAUCCCCCUGGGUUACUGCUAGUGUUACUUUGGUUUAGAUCAAGCCGGGGGCCUGGAGGCAGUGGCCACACACCCACGCUGUGUGCCCUGUGAAUGCUGGCGCUCUCGAGUUUGGAUGUUGGUUAUUUUUUAUAGAGUGUAAACCAAGUUUUAUAUUCUAUAAUGCAAACAGGUACCUAUCUGUUUCUAAAUAAAACUGUUUACAUUCGUUCU